AUGGAGUUCAACAAGACUUUCAUCGCCCUCGUUCUUGCUGCCGUCUUGACGGCGUCGAACGCCCUUCCUGUCAAACCCAAGGAUGCGUUCGCUGUCAGUGUCCGGGCUGUUGCCCUUCCUGUCAGCACGGAGACUCUGGCGAACGCGGAGGCUCUCGCCAUCGGGGCCGCGAGCUCGAGGCGCGCCGCCAUGGCUCGGGGUCACGCCACAAUUCCCAUGUUCGUCGGGACCUUGAUGCCCGCCGUCACGGCUCUGGCUCCCGUCACCGCCGUCACCGCCGUGACCUCGACGCCCGUAGGCACGAUUCAGGCGAACGAGGCGGCUCGUGCGGUCGCGGUCGUGGCAGGCGGGACGAAGAAGGUAGUUUGGAGGCGCGUAGGCAUGGGUCGCACUCUCGCGGUCGUAGCCACGUAUGCCGCAACGAGGUCGACCUUGAAGCUCGGCGUCACGGCUCGGGUUCUCGAGGCCGAAGCCAUGUCCGCCGUGCGGAAGUCGACCUCAGCGCCAGUAUGCAUGGGCCGGCCUCUCAUGAUCGUAGCCACGUCCGACGCAAGCUCGAAGCGCGACGACAUGGCUCGGGGUCCCGCGGACAUGGCCUGA